GCCCCAACCAGAGACACGUUGAACUUUUGCUUUAGUAGACAUGUCAGCCCCCAGUGCUUAGAAACAACAGAUAAUAAACUGUGUAGUUCCUUUGCUAGGCUGAGAACUCCAAAAUGGUCGUUGUUGACUCCGAGUCUGCGACUAUUCUUCGUGUCAAAGGUCUGCUGGAGUUCAGAUGUCAGCUGGACAGCACAGAUGAGCAGCUGGUGCGAAAUGCCAUCUCGAGAACGUUUGAGACGCUUCGCUCCCAGGUGAAAUCUGAAUCCUGUGUUCUGGCAGUUAGCGACAGUCCUGUUAUUAUAUGGCCAAACAAAGAUGCUUAUGCCACACCUGAAGAAAUAACUCCAAGUACACCAUGUGAAGAUAUGCAUCAAUGGAUACAGGCAGAUGAACAAGAGACUUCAGGGAAAAAAUCAUCAAAAAAGAAAAGCAAAAAAAGUUCGCUGGCGAGUGUCAUAAACCUUCGUCUGAUGACGGAGGUGACAAAGCCAGGCCCCCUCUCAGCCCCCAUCCUCACCAAAACAGUUCUGAAAUCCCACUUUGUGAGUGUGACUCUUCCACUAGACUGUGUUGUCCGCACUGGCAGCAGCGAUACAAUCAAAGAUGCCUGUGAGCAGCUAAUUGAGGCGCUAACUCAUCAGUUGUGUGAGAUGGAGAAAGUGACCCUUCAGAACAUGAAGGGAAUGACAUUACUUGUUCCUGAACCGGUCCACUUCCUCCUUCCAGAACCAAAAGGACUGGUGACUGUUGUUUAUCCAGCAGGAGUGCCCGAUAGCCAACUAGUAACACAACGUAAGGAGCUACAUCAGCAGUUUGACCUACCAGAUGACAGGCCUUACUUCAGAAGAGCCAACGCUUACCACUUUCCCAAUGAGCCCUACAAAGAUGGUUAUCUCCGAAACCCUCAUCUGGCUCUCACACACCCGACUCUGGACAAUGGAAAGGUGUACUUGGUCCAGGGGAUCUACAGCUAUCACCACUACAUGCAGAACCGUGUAGAUGACAAUGGCUGGGGCUGUGCUUAUCGCUCCCUGCAGACUAUCUGCUCUUGGUUCCAGCAGCAGGGUUACGUAGAGCGGCCUGUGCCCACUCACAAGGAGAUCCAGCAGGCUUUAGUGGAUGUUGGAGACAAGCAGGCAUCCUUCGUGGGGUCACGUCAGUGGAUUGGAUCCAUUGAGGUUCAGGCUGUUCUGAGUCAUUUGCUCGGGCUCACUUCCAAGAUCCUGUUUGUGAGUCAGGGAGCUGAGCUGGCAUCCAAAGGCCGAGAACUGGCCAACCACUUCCUCACUGAAGGAACUCCAGUCAUGAUUGGAGGAGGCGUUUUAGCUCACACUAUCCUGGGUGUGGCUUGGAGUGAGACCACAGGGCAGAUCCGCUACCUCAUCCUAGAUCCUCAUUACACUGGAGCAGAGGACUUGCAGGUUAUCACAGACAAGGGCUGGUGUGGUUGGAAAGGGCCUGACUUUUGGGAUCAAACUGCGUAUUAUAAUCUGUGUCUGCCUCAGAGGCCGAAGGUCAUCUGAGCUCCCCUCAGCCUUCCAGAUGGGUCUCGUUUCAGUGAAUCAUCUUCAGAAAUAUGGAGGAGCACUCUAACUCGCCUUCUUUAUGAACACGUGUCAACUUUUGCAAACUGAAGUAAAAUGUGUUGUUAUGUAAACUGCUUUGGUUUUGAUUGAGUCCUGCAUAAAUGAUUAACUUGCAGGUACAGUUGGAAGUAAUGUUUGUACUGAAAUAAGAAAAUAGUUGUUUACUGUGCUUUCAUUGUUUGACAUGGUUUAAUAUAACAAAGACUCAUCAAUUAUAUCAAUUAUGCUCAGUUAUAUACAUUAGCUGUUUGAAAUGAAGUAAGAUCAAACAGUUUUCUCAUUGUCUUUUGUUCCUGGUGGAUAUAUGAACCUACCAUGAAAGAUGGAGUCCUUGCUAAAAUGUUCCAAUCUGAGAUGAAAAACUAUAUUUAUUAAACAAUUUAAUUGAACAGAAAACCUAUAAAUGUUAUAACUAUUUUUUUUUUUUUUUACUCUUGUUGUUUUUGUAAGCCAUAAGGGGCAAUGCACUCUGGUCACUUUAUCAGGUAUACCUGUUUAACCGCUUGUUAUUACAAAUAUCUAAUCAAGUUACAUAGCAACAAUUCAAUGAAUUUAGGCAAGUAGA